AUGAAUGAAAGAAAAAACAUAACAGACAUAACGAAACCCGUAAAGACAGAUAGAGAUAUCAAAAUUGAGACCGCAAAAGUAAAGCAAGGAAGCGGUAAAAAGCCAAUAUAUACACAUCAACAGCAAGGACACAAUGAAGAAGCGAUAGCAGUCACAACAAUUCAAACACCAAUUACGACCAUCAUAGAAACGAUUGCUACAACAUCGACACCAACUACAGAAGAAACCAUUGAAUCAAAGACAUUAGAUCGAAUGAAACAAAAAUCACCAAACUACAAUUUACCACAAGGGACAACACAAGAGAUUGAACCAAUAUCAAUAAUCCCAGUCAUAGCGAUGAUUAAACAAGGAAUACAGAAACCUCCAUUAUUAACAAAUCACUCAUCGGCUGAGCAUUCAGUCGGAAGAGAUUCAAUAAAAAUUGCAAAUUUACCCACUGAACAAAGUGUAAAAAUUGAAACCACUUUUGAUACAACAACUGCUACAAUUCGAUCGCCGGCCGAUAUAGAGAGUGGUAUUGUUGUAGACCGCGAUGUAUCAAAUAAUCAUCGUGUUGCUUCGGCAAAUAUAAGUUCAAAAAAAGGAUUCUUUAGAAGGAAUCCAAUUAAAACGAUAUUAAUUGCAAUAGUUAUUGUUUUAUUACUGGGUGCAUUGGCUGUUUUAAUCGUUGCAACAACAAACGGAUUCUAA